GAAGAAAAAGGAACAAUGUUAGAUCAUGACUGUACUUGCGUUGCAGGAAUGGACUGCCAUUUUUCUGUCUGGGGAGUUUUGGCCUUCCUGAGUUUGUCUCUGCUUGUUUCAGUGACACUGAAUAUUGUACACUGUAUGAAAAAGAAGCAGGCUAAAAUGUAUAAAGACUAUGAAGAGAACGAUCCAAGCUAUGAUGGCUAUCACACAGAAGAUUAUCCAGUUUAUGGCAAUCUCAAUCAAGAUAUUUUAGAAGAAUGUUGUUACGAGCAGAUGAAGUCCCAGCCUCAAAGACCAGUUAACCAGCUACAGGUGGAGUCAGCCAGUCAGAUGUGUUAUGCCUCACUUGAUCACAGUGUCAAGGGAAAAUGCAGAAAACCAAGGAGAAAGAAAGAUCCUUCAUUAGAGGAAGAUGAAGGAGAAAGAUCAUCUAACCCCAUGGUGGCUUCCAAAGUUAGCAUUUAUCUCAACAGCGAGCAGCUGGCUGCUGAAAACACGGCGAAAGAAGAAGCCAUUCACGAUGAUCCCGUCAGAUUAAUGGGCUUGAUUCAUAAUACAAAAGGGGAGAACUGAAUAUGUAAUGAACCAAAUAUGUAACCAUAAAGUGAGAUUUGCUUUUUCAUUCUGGAGGACCAGAAAAAAUAUUCCAGAAAGCUGACAUACUAAACAGUGGUAUG